AUGCGGUUUUCUACGCUUCUGCUUGCGGUUUCCGCUCCCGUGGGCCUCCUGGCAAAUGAACCUCGUGAACCACUCUUGUCGGGUGAGCUUGUCGCGCUUCUAGAGAAACACAACUUGGUGAUCGUCCCAAAGUCGGAGCUCACCGACGCCCUGACUGAGCUCAACGCUCUUCUCAAGAGCCAGCCGGUGCAGCCACGCCAUCUUGUGCCAAGAUUUGCAAAGCAAAACACCACUACAACAAGCUCAGAAGCUGGUUCCGGGUCCGGGGGGUCCAGCUCCGUUGACGACUUCCUCGGUUUGGGGGAUUUGGGAGACUUGUUGAAGGGCCUCUUUAAGCCCCUCGAGGACCUCACUGGGCUCCUCAAGGCCCUGGAAAGCCUACUCACAGCCGAGUUUCUCAAAGGUUUCCACGAUGCGAUGGUUUACCUUGCCCAGGCCUUACAACCGCCCGCGCCAGCUCUGAUACAGAGCCUCUUGAAAAAGGGCGGACCGCUCAUCGACAUGCUAGGCGAAAUCGACCUCAAGGGCCUCUUGGAUCAACUCAAGGAUGUCGACCUCGAAAGCCUGGUUGGCGCCGCGCUGAAGUUGUUGUCGGAGAAGAACAUCAACAACAUUGAGUCCUUGGUAACGAAUGGUGCAGCCCUACUCACUCCCUCGUUUGUCAACCAGACAUCGACACUCAUCGGAGAUGUUUCACCACUGUUAAGUCAGUUGAGCCCGUUGCUAAAACAGCUCACUGAGCUGGACCUCGAACCCAUUCUCGAUGCCGUGGGUCCUCUUCUCACACCCGAGUCCAUCCAGGGUAUUGUGAAGUUGUUGGACAAUGCCGAGGCUUUGCUCACGCCCGAGCUUGUGAAGGAAGUUGGUGGUUUCUUGGGCUCCGUCGGCCCCCUGCUUAAGAAGGUCCAGCCCUUGCUUGACAAACUCGGGGACCUGGAUUUGGAAGGCAUCCUCGAUGCGAUCGCACCGCUUCUCACACCGAAGUCUGUGCAAGGCAUCAUGGCGUUGUUGAAGAAUGCUGAGGCGUUACUAACGGCCGAGUUCGUCAAAAGCAUCGGCAGUCUUCUGGAGUCAGUUGGUCCACUCCUCGGCAAGGCCACUCCCUUACUCGACAAGCUCGCGACCGUGGACCUCGAGGGUAUAAUGGACGCCGCAGCACCUCUCUUGACGCCACAGUCAAUAAAAGGCAUUGUUGGUUUGCUCGACAACGCGGAGAACUUGCUCACGAGCGACUUCGUUGGGGACACAAAGACCCUCAUCGGGGACGCAGUCCCCCUGAUCUCCGCACUUGCAAAGGUGAACCUAGCGGCUCUAAUCAAGCAACUUCAACCUUUGCUCGACGCACUCGGAGAAAUCGAUAUCGCACAGCUGGUCAAACAGGUCUCGCCGCUCCUCACACAACUCUCGCCCUUACUGGAACAACUCGGCAAGAUCGACUUGGCCAAACUUGUCGGUAAACUUUCGCCCCUGUUGGACAUGCUCGGGAAGCUCGAUCUCAAAGCCACUCUUGAUGCCCUAUCACCCCUUUUCAGCGCCAAGGGCAUGGAGGGCAUCGUAACCCUUCUCGAUAACGCUGAGGACCUUCUCACCUCCAACUUCGUCAAUCAAACCCAGACGCUGAUUGGUGGCGCUGUGCCUCUCGUUAGCGCCCUCGGUAAGGUCGAUAUCGACGGGUUGUUUGAAAUUAUCGACCCCCUCCUCAAGGAGCUGGACGGCAUUGACCUCAGCGGUUUGGUUGACGCCAUAAAACCCAUUCUAGAGGCCGUGAAAAAGAUUGAUGUGAAGGGUAUAGUAGACCAGGCAAUGCCGCUGCUCACCCCGGCCAGCAUCAAGGCCGUGAUAGGGCUUGUCAACAAUGCUGGCACUCUCCUGAGCAAGACAUUUGUAACGCAGACGUCGGAGCUCAUCGAUGACGCUACACCAGUAAGGCCUUCUCCUGUUUCCUUACCAAUCCCUGGCUAA